AUGAUAGCAAUGGGAUUAGAGGGAAGUGCCAACAAGUUAGGCAUAGGGAUAAUGAAGGACAACGAAAUACUGGCAAACGAAAGACUCACCUACGCUCCUCCUCCAGGAGAGGGGUUUAUCCCUGCCAAGACUGCAGAGCACCAUCGCUCCAAAAUUCUGGGUCUUAUUGCCAUGUCAUUGGAGAAGGCCGGAAUUAAUCUUAACGACAUCGAUAUAUUUUGCUAUACAAAAGGACCGGGAAUGGGCCAGCCUCUAGCAGUGGUGGCAACGGUUGCUAGGACAAUGAGCUUGUACUGCAACAAGCCUCUUGUUCCUGUAAAUCAUUGCAUAGGCCACAUAGAAAUGGGUAGGUUUAUAACAAAAGCAAAAAAUCCGGUUAUUCUCUAUGUUAGCGGAGGAAAUACUCAGAUUAUAGCAUACUACAACAAAAGAUAUAAAAUCUUUGGAGAGACAUUAGACAUAGCCGUUGGAAACUGCAUAGAUCGGUUUGCUAGAGCCCUCAAGCUUCCGAACUUUCCUGCACCGGGUCUUAGUGUGGAAAGGUAUGCAAGACUUGGAAAAAACUACAUAGAGCUUCCUUAUGUUGUGAAAGGAAUGGAUGUUUCGUUUUCGGGAAUUCUAUCGAAUAUAAAGAGUAAAAUUGUGGACGAUGAGCAGUUGAAGUACGAUCUGUGUUAUUCGCUUCAAGAAACAGUUUUCUCUGCACUGGUUGAGGUCACUGAAAGAGCAAUGGCCUUUAGCAACUCCAAAGAAGUUUUAAUAGUCGGAGGCGUUGGAUGCAAUCUGAGGCUUCAAGAAAUGAUGAACAUAAUGGCAAGAGAACGUGGUGGAACUUGUUAUGCAACCGACGAGAGAUUUUGCAUAGACAAUGGGCUAAUGAUUGCCCAUGCAGGAAUGCUUAUGGCCAAGAGCGGAGCUUCCUUCAGCCUAGAUGAAUGCUUCGUUACACAGAGAUAUAGGACUGACUCCAUAGAUGUAGUUUGGAGAGAUGAUUAA